AUGUUCCCAGUUCAUUUCUUUAAGUCAGCCGCCCAGCCUAAGUUAGGAACCUCUUCGUGUAGUAAAGAUAUACGCUACACAUUAAGACAAAUGGAUUCAUCAAAACCCAGAGGAAAAGAACCGGAAAAAAUUGAUCCCCCAUUGAAAAAAGGGAAUGAUUCAUGUUUAAAACCUUUCACACGGCAAAAUUUACUUUAUUAUUAUGUUCCAGCUUUAGGAACUGCUAGCUACACAAUUUUAUCAAUCAAUGUCUUGAAUCCUUCUAUGCGAUUCAGAGAUUUAACCAAUAUAUUACUUGCAACCACACUUUUUGGCACUGGAUGUUAUCUGUACUCUAGACCACACAUUAAAGAAACAAGCAAACAUGCCAGAUAUGGUUUUUCAUCUCUCGGAUCGAUUAUGUUCAAUUUCAGUUCAGUUUUAUUAUGGGCUAUAUUGAGAAGUAUUUUGCCAGAAAAUGUUGCAGUAUGUAGUGCAGCUGGUUUAGCAUCAAGUUAUAUAUUAGUUAAAGGAGCUACAAAUUAUAUCCAAUUCGUAGAUCAAAAAUGUGCUAUGUAA